AUUCCGUCUCUCUUGUUCUCCUCCCCGCCCCUGGUCUUUGCUUUGCUCUAUUUCUGUACUUUUCCCUAAAUUUAUCAAAGUCUCUCUAAAAUUCUUCAACCACAGCAAGCUUCAACACAUAAUCUCUUCGUAUAUGUAUAUAUUUGCAUAUAUAUGAUGCGUUGUGUUGAACAGUUGAUGGUCGAUUUGCAUUGUGAAGGCUCAUUUCGUGACGUUUUCCGGAAACAUACGAGCUCCGUUUUCUCGUCCAUGUUUUGACUCCUGUGAUGUUGUUUGAUGCUGUUACCUAUCUUAUUUUCUAGUACUUUCCCAAUGGCAAGCACAUCUGGCGAAGGUUUUAACUCAAACAGAAUCUAUAGGCAGUGGCUAGCUGAAACUUUCGAUGGGCAGGAAGCAGCAGAAGAUGAGCUAUCAGAUACUCUGGAUGGAAAUAAUGGUGUGAUUCAGCCAUCUGUUGAACAUUUACCUCUUGAACCAUUCAUUGGCAUGGAGUUUGAUUCAGCAGAGGAUGCUAGAGAAUUUUAUGAGAUGUAUGGUAGGCGAAUGGGCUUUACCAUACGGAAUAAUCGUACUAGGCGUUCACUUAAAGACAACUCAAUAAUUGGUCGUGAGUUCGUUUGUUCAAAAGAAGGUUUUCGUGCAGAAAAGAAUGCAAACAGAAAAAACAUAUUUUUCCCAUUGAGACCUGCCACCAGAGAGGGAUGCAACGCAAUGUUAAGAAUAACUGCCAAGAAUGGGGGAAAGUGGGUUAUCUAUGGUUUUAUAAAGGAGCAUAAUCAUGAGCUGAAUCCUAAAAAAUUACCGCCUCGAAGGUCACAUAGAAUUGCAUUCUCUGAGGAUGAGAAGGAUUUGAAAAUCCGAGAACUGUCCACAGAGUUGCACCGUGAGAGAAAAAAAUCUGCAGCUUACCAAGAGCAACUACGGACGGUUUUACAGUAUAUUGAGGAACACACACAACAACUGUCUUUGAAGGUUGAAGUCAUAGCUAACAACUUAAGAGAAUUUGAAUCUGAAGAGCAGAAUAGUGUGUGCUCUGACUAGGGUGGUUAUUGGGCAUUGAUCAGCCUACAGUCCCCAGUUGUUCUUUCACGAGGCAACUAGCCACCAGCACCGCAAAAAAUGUGCUUCCCUCUAGUUUUGCCUGUGAGAAAAUUGUGUAAAAUAUGAAAUGUAUUCUAUUCUUCUUGUUCUAGCUCCAUUCAGGUGAUAUCUCCAAUUGGGACAAUACCUUUUUUCGGCCUCAAGCACCACUUGAUGCUGGUAACCAGGCCUCUUAAGAGGACAAUGGACAUUGUUAUGUCUUUGGAAGGGGAAAGACCUCAAGAUAUCAAGUUUUUGUGAUUGUGAGUUUUGGGUUGAAUGCUGGGACUGCUUUUUCUUCUUCUUUUUCCUUUUUUCAGGGCUUAGUUUCCCCAUUUAUAAAAGCAGAAUUGAUGACAAAAAUUCUCCCCUGGGCUAAUGGGGGAUGGUUCUCAUGUUCUUUGUAUUUUGACAGCUUCAAAGUGUUCAAAAUCAUAAAACCACAUUAUAAGUUUUGGUGGUAUACAUAUUCUGUGAUGCAACAAAAGCAAUAAUAAAUAUGGUUUACGGGUCUGAAA